CCUCCAAGGAGCCAGGGAGCGACAUGAACUGGUCCUGCAGCCACUGCUGUGCAGAGCCUCGGCUCUGACCCCCUCCUCUGAGAAGCCUGUUCCGAGCCCCCUGACCAGGGGGCCCUUCUGUGUUCCCUUAGCAGCCUCCUCAGUCACUUUGCUUUGCAGGGCUCCCUGCCGCUGCUAGACUGAGCUUUCUGAGAGAGAAGACCAGGCCUUAAUCUUCUGUGUGUCCCAAGUCCAAGCGUUUGCUGAAUCAAUGGAUUGUUCCUUUUUUCUCUGAAUGUCUACAGCCCUAACUCUCAGGUCCACAGGCGUUCACACCUGGGCCUGUGCAUUAUGCUGCGAGUGGCUUUGAACUGAGAAGGAGGAGGCCUGGUUCCAAUCCUGGCUCCACCAUUUACUGGGACAAGUUACUUAACUGUCCUGAAACCUCAGUUUCCCCGUCUCUCAGAUGAGUUACCCCCAUGAACAGUCUGCAAGUCUCCACAUGCAUGCAUGAGUCUUGGUGUCCUGAACAGACUCUAAGUUGCAUGAAGGCAGGGCUCAGGGCUUCCCCCAGCACCUUGUUCAGGCUGAGCUUACAGCGGAUUCAACGAUCAAUCAGUACUCCCGAUUACACAGGAAAGAACACUUCAGGUGAAGCUGGAAGUCUUUUUCUGCCACUUCUUAUGUGACCGUGAGCAAGAUUCUUCCCCUCUCUGGGUCUUCUUUGACCUCAAAAGUGAUAGAGGAAGUACUUUGUGAAUGAAAGAGAUAAUUUAGUAGACAAUUUGUUGAACAUUAAUGAAAAAAACUGAAGUAGUAUAGAUGGGGUGUGUCUAGUAAUUGGUGGACAAGUUCCAGGCACCUGCUGACUGCCUCCUAGAGUCAGAGGUGCUAGGGUGCUGCUCUCCCAGGCAGCAGUGGGCUAGGCUGGAACACAGUGUUUGGUCUUGCUGCGGUCAGCCUUGAGACUCAGGACAGGCAAGGAGAGAAGGGUUGAUGGGGAGGGGUAUAUGCACCCAGCCCUUCGCCCCCCACGCCUCUCAGAUUUCUCUGGCCAGCAGUGCUUCCUGUCUUAGGUUUUGUGGGGACCUGGUCUGACAAGAUCUCAGGAGUCCCAUUGGCUUUGGCCAUGCGGCUCCUGAUACCUCUUGGCAAAUGAAGCUGGUCUGUGGGAGCAGUAAGCUCCACUGUGCUGCCUGAUCAACUAACGCUGAGUCCCAAACUCCCCGUGUAGCCCCUUCUCAACCUCUGCCAUUUUGGCGGCAGAGUGUUUAUGGGGAUGGACCAUGAUUUCUCCAGCUCCUACCUAGUCCAGAAGGGCCUAGGCUCCGCAGAGGGGCUGCAGGGAGGCAGAGUCUCAGCUUCCUCACCUCUAAAAGGAACGGAGAUUAAAUGAGAACACAGACGUGAAAGCACCUUGAAACCUGUGUAUUUUACUCAAGUUCAGGAUUGUGCCAUUUGUGGGUAGUAAGUUUACAACCAGUGGGGCCUCCCUGUUUCCGAGCGUGCUGGGGCUGCUUCUCCAGAAGAAAGUUUCACACCCAGUGUGUGUGUGUAAGGAGUGCACGUAUUUGGUCUUGGAGUGAGAACAGACACAGAGGGACUGUGCAAAUGGGCCGGGCCAGCUGCUUUCUUGUCGCUUAGGGAGGCCGGGGCAGGCCGCCCCUGCCUGUGGAGGCCGAAGCUGCCCACCCAGGCUGGCCGUCUGAGCUCCCGCAAGACCGCUGCCCCACAGACCUCCUGCUGCUGAGAUUAUGCUCUGGGCGAAAGAGGCACCCGAUUUGGAAGCAAACCGGCAAGAUUAGGGUUUUCCUCAGCCUGUCUGCGCUCUCAGCUCAGAGCCCCAUCUCGCAGGGCAUUAGUUCCUCAUUCGCGAAACGGGAGAAACCUGCCUCCGUCUCCCAGUCGUGGGAUCGGAAGGGGGAGCGCGGCGAAGGUGCCUUGUGAACGAGCCCGUGCUGGCCGUGCCCAUUUCUCUCUUUUCAUCGCUUCCCUUUUUGGUGCUGGGCCUGCUGUGGGGCUUGUCCGAGCCAGCCCUGUCCUUCCGAGGGCCUGAGUGUGGCCUGCAGGACACAGGCUGAACCUGUGGCCAGUCCUCUGUGCUUCCCUCCUGUCCGGUAGCCUCGCUCCCCCAGGCCACUCCUGGGGGUGAGGGGGUUACCCCUUCCCAGUGUUUUUGGCUCACCCCGAAGUAUUAAAAAUACUUGGUAAAUUUUCUUUUUUUAAGAGGACUCAUUUAUGAGAGCGGCCUCUGUGACAAAAGGCUCCUGGGGGUGCCGGGAGGGUCAGCACUUGGACGGGAGGCAGCCUGUGCUGGGGGGCAGGGGUGCGGUCAGAGGGGAGCCGUGGUUGUGCUGGUUCCCUCGCUUUGCUGUGGACCUUUCCCAGGCGCUCAUCUUCAGCCCCCCUCUUCCCUCCCGGGCUUCCUCCUCCGUCUGCUUCCCGCCGCCCUCACUCCAGCCAGUGAAACAGUGGUGGGAGGGUGCAGUUCUGGGGUGAGGUCUAGGGAAACAAGAACUACCGGACCCCUGGGAGCCUCUUUGGGGGCCCUUGGACCUUGGUAACCCCUCGCCCCUCUCCCCUGGGCUCCAGGUCAGUGCAGCCGUUUCUUCCUGACCAAAGAUCAGAGCCGCCCCCAGAUGAAUGACUUUUCCUGGAAGGAUGUUGCCAAUGCCUUGUCCCUGGCCAACAUGGUCCUGGGGCUCUUCUCCAUCUUCUGCAGCUUCUGCAAAAAAUCCUCCUGUGCCUCCUGGAUGCUUUUGAUCAGCUUUCUGUUAGACACGGCUGUCAGAGCAGUGACCAGACACCUCAGCAUCUGCUCCAAAUCGGGAGCUGAGCUGAACGACUUCGCUGUCUUCACCACCUUUGGCCUGGCCUCAGCCCUGCUCCUCGGCGUGGAUGGGCCUCUGAACGGGCUCCUGGCUGCCAUCUAUGUGUUAGCGAUUUCUUUUCGCCUCUGUUUCUAUUCGACUGGCACUCCCUUCACACACAAGGGUCUACCCUGCUCCUACGCCUCCUGUGUUUUGGCCUCCACCUCCCUCCUGACCAAAGGCAACACGUUCAUCCUCUCUUGCAUGGCCUCACUCAUGAUCCUCUUCAUGAUGGACCAGAGCUACUACCCACACGACGAAAUCCUGGAGUCUGAAAGCUGGAAAAAAAUGGUCUACCUGGGAGGAAGGAUGCAUCAAGGUCAAAGUGGGAGCAAUGAUAACACGCCCUGGUGUGAGGAUUACACGGGGCCCUUGUGCAGGCGGGCCCUGGGCCCAGCGCAUCAGAGGAACUCAACAAGUGCCAGCUGCUGCAACAGUACAAGUCCACCAUGGCAUCUCAGAAGUCCGUCUGAUUCGACUUCGCAUCCACACAACAAAAGCACAGUGACUGCUGACAACAGUCGCUGCCGUUUUCAAGUGCUUUCUCUGGGCACCGUGCUAAGUGCUUUGCAUGGAACGUUUCUGUUCCUUACAGCAGUCGUGUGCCUCAUUUCACUCUGGAGGAACCGAAGAACUGCAGUUCCGGGGGGCUGAGGAUCUCACCCAAGGUGACCCGGGAAGAACUAACAUUUACAGAGGAGCUGGGAUUUGAAGUCAGACAGGUGAGUGUAACCAGGGAACCUCCCUGGCAGGGGGUCAAUAAGCACAUGAGCAAAGCCCUCAACCCUCAGUGCGGCCGUGGAACGAGGGACAGCGGCCCAGGGCGGUUUCUCACAGCGGGCUUUCUACCUUUCACCCAAGCGCCAGGCAGUAAAAACCACCUGGGGGCCUGGACCCAGGUGGAGGUGAAGAAAAGAGGGGACCAAGCUGUUAGAACCCGGUUAGACGCCCUGCCCCAAUCCAGAGGCAGGUUUCAGUUUAUGGAUCAACUUCGAACACACUAUCACGUUCGCUUAUUGUGUUUAUGUCUGUCUCCCCACUGGAUGCAAGCAGGGGCUGACUCGUCUCUGCCUGGUCCACUCAUGCAGCUCAGGUUCCUGCAGCAGUGCCUGGCAUGUAGCAACAGCUCAGUAUUGUGAGUGAACGGAUUCGAUGAACAAAAAUUGAAAGUCUGACAACCCGUAAGCAUUGGAAAGGAAGUGGGGAAUGAGAACUCUUACACUGCUAAUGUGCGUGCAGACUUGUACAGUCUCUCUGGAAAGCAAUUUGGCAACACCUAGUAAAUUAGCAAAUGUACCCCAUAAUUCUACUUAAAUACGAAGAUAAAAUAUUCAUGGAAACAGUCAAGUUGCUGUGUGAGUGCAGCCUGAACAAAGGAACAGAGUGGGGAGAGCAGAGCUUGGGCGUCUGCUGCUUUAUUUUCGCAACUACUCUCCAGACCAAAUCCAGGCCGUCUGUCCUACGGUGUCUGACGCUUUCGGUCUCUCACUCCCUUGCGAGACCCUCCCUUACAGGUCCCUUCUCUUUCCCCUUUCUUCCUUCCUCAGGUUCUCACCGCAAAAGCUCUGCUUCGUCUGGAGACUACCUGGCCGAGGUACUGACCCUUGGCGUGUGACUCUGGGCUGCCCCCCACCGUCUGGACCUCAGUGAUCUCCUUUGGGAAACCUGGGAAGACACCCGUUCUGCCU